AUGUGGCACGAACUUCACCAACGGAGAACUGUAGUCACAGAUGGAGGUUUGCUGCUGCUGCUGUCCGCCUUUAUUGCUGUCCUGGUGGUUGGGUCAGGUGGCUCGGACCUGCUCCCGGAAGACGAUACAGAGGUGACGGAGGACGCUCCUGGCGGCCCGUUGCCGUACUGCAGCCUGUUCACGAACCGCGCGCCGCACCCGGAGCACAAGCUGGUCAAGUGUUCCUGGUUUCACAACGACGCCUGCUGCUAUCAGGAGGAGGUGGACAGGAUAUUCCCGACAGUGGUUCCCCCUCGCGGAGCUAACCAGAACUGCACGGACCACCUGUACUACCUGAUGUGUUACAUCUGCUCGCCGCGCCAGCAUCUCUUCUACAGGGACGAGGUCGUCACCAUCUGUGAAGAGCUCUGCAACCGCCUGUUCGAGGCCUGUGCGAACGCCACGCUGAAGGGGCAGCGGAUCGGCGAGCAGUACUCCUCGGGCAGGGACUACUGCGUCAGCCGCAAGUUCCGCGUGGACCGGCAGAGCAGCGGCAGCUGUUACUCACACAACUUCUCCAUCGUGGAGGACAUCGAGCCGCCCACCUCCCACCAAGAUGGCGCCGGAGGUUCCGCGUCGCUCUUGCUCGUGACCUUGAUAAUUACAAGGACGUUAACUACGACGUUAUGACGAAACUAUUAGAUCUGUAAAUGUUGUAAAUAUAAAUUCGCUCACGUUUAGCUUUUUUUCGUCGUUUUAGUGACCUUUGACCUGUCCACCAACAUUGUGGCUUGUCGCUAUUGGUCACCUUGAUCUUGACCUCGACAAUCGCAAAAGGACGCUUAUAACGGUGUCAUGACGUAACUGAUACUGUGUUCGUCAUACGUCAGUAAAAAACUUUGACCUCUUCACUAACGUGGCGCGAGUGGCCGCGACCUUGAUCAUUACAAGGUCAUUUAUCCUACGAUAAUCACACAAUCAUGCUGUACAUAUCAAAUUGUCUCGCUUAAGUUCGUGCUCAUCAAAAGACAUAUGAAGAAGCUAAAGAUUCCUAUUAAGACGGAGCCAAGACUUCUUUUGUCUCUUGUUGUCAUGACCUUGGUAAUCACAAGGACGUUUAUCACUCUGUCACGCCACGGUCGUCUGAACAAGCCUGUUCACAAGUUAGGGACCCUCACCUUUGAC